CCAUUGAGUACAAUGGCCUGCCCUUUCUAUAAGCUGCUGCUUUUCGUUGCCCUACUGAUACUUCAAGUGAUAGCCACCUGCAAAGCCACCCUGAUAGCCAAUCACGAUGAGCAGCAGGAUAAGGAUGGCCGGGUGUCCAGCGUAGACUGGGAAGCAACCUUCGAUCCACCUAAGCUCAACAUGGACAUGAGUACUGUGCGAAACGUAACCGUACGAAUCAAUCGCAUUGAGCCGACGGAUUUAGACGAUAUCCGUACGGUUCAGUUGAGAAGCGAACGAGAGCACGUGGCCUGGGUUGAGAACGGUACGAUCGUUAUUGAACCACUGGUUGCGUCCAUUGCGUACAAUGGAUCGUUUAGCAUUGUUGCCAACUUUCUCGGACAGACGAAACUGUUCGUUGAGUUGGUACGUAAAAAUGGAUCUACUGAACGGAUCCAAUCGUCCACCCUACCCGUUACCGUGAUACGUCCCGAGCGUGUUAUUGAUCACGUGUUUACCGGCUCGGUUAUACUGCUGAUCUCCAUUUUGUAUAUCAACUUUGGUGCGGCGAUAGACGUAGGAGCACUGAAACAGAUCGCAAGACGACCAAUAGGACCGGUGAUAGGAUUUAUCUGCCAAUUUGUGUUCAUGCCACUGUUAAGCUACGGACUCGGACAUUUGCUUUUCCCGGACAACUACGAACUACAGCUGGGACUGUUCUUUACCGGGGUUUCACCGGCCGGUGGAGCAUCCAACAUCUGGACGGUGGCGUUGGGUGGAAAUCUCACACUUUCCAUCGCCAUGACGACCAUUAGCACGCUGGCUGCGUUCGGUAUGAUGCCGCUCUGGAUUUUCACCCUCGGUCGGACGAUUUUUCAGCGUGCUAACCUUGUCGUACCGUACAGCCGGAUUGGCUAUACAGCCGUUGGACUGAUCGUACCCAUAAGCGCUGGCCUGCUCAUCCAGCGUUACUGUCCCCGGUUCAGCCGAUUGUUGGUACGUAUCUUGAAGCCCAUGUCCGUGAUACUGAUUCUGUUCAUCGUUAUCUUCGCCAUCGUGACCAAUCUGUACCUGUUUGAGCUGUUUUCGUGGCAAAUCAUUACUGCCGGGCUGGGACUGCCGCUGAUCGGCUAUUGUUUUGGAUUUCUGGCAAGCCAUCUGAUGCGUCUGCCUCUGGCCGAUUCACUGGCCAUCUCCGUCGAAACGGGUAUUCAGAACACCGGCAUUGCCAUCUUUCUGCUGCGCUUUGCCCUAGAGCAACCGGCCGCAGAUCUAACGACGGUGAUGCCCGUAUCGAAUGCAAUUAUGACACCGCUACCACUGCUCUUGCUUCUGAUCGGUCUACGAAUUCACGCAAGCCGCAACAACCACUAUCGUUUAAUUUUAGAACGAAGCGACGCGCUGAAAACAGUCUGAUACCGAAAACAGAGACGGAUCCGGUAGUGGCAGCUUCCUAGCAACAAGCGAAACAACAUACGA